CUGAUUCGUGUUGAUACCUUUCUUGCGAGUGUCAACUUGAGUGAUCCAAAAGUAUUUUAUGUCAGGAACAACUUGGAUGUAAGUCAUUAGCGACCUAGGCCAAACGGGAUCGAUGAUUUCCCGGAAGUCAUAGAAAGAGCUAGAAAGUAAAUGAAAGCUCGCCGUUUGACUUGGUAAAUUGAAACGGUUUUAUAAUAAUUCCUUUUUUGGUACGUCGAGCGCUUUAAUGGGGCGGGCGAGCUCGAGGAGUUAAAAAAAAUGUUUUCUUUUGCAAUUUGUGACCUCCGGGACAUCUUUGGAGCUCUAGCAACAGGUAGCCCAAGCUCACUAUGAGAGCCCUGAACAACAUUAUCCUACUUUAGCUAAUUAACUAUUCAUACAGCAAGAAAAUUAAAGGCUUUAAACAGUGCCUAGGAGGUCUGAAAUGCAGUCAGAAUACAAAGAAACGAAAGUGAGGCAGUCUGUUCAGAUGGUCCGAGUUUUAAUGAUUAAAAUCAUUCGGAUGGUCAAUCAGCCGAUCAGUCAUUCACCACUGUAAGUCAGUCACUCGGACAGUUAGUUCGUCUGUCUAUCAAUCAGUUCUGUCAGUCAAAGUUCCCCUGAGAGUCAGCUAGACAGUGUUUCAAAGUUCAUAUCCGUGCAAUUUCAUGAUGACCAAGGAAACAAAUAUUAUUUUAUUCUAGUGCACAUUUUAAAUGUCAUCUUUGAACAUUUCAGGGUGAUGUAGUAUUUCAAGAAAGUGAAAAUGCCUCGUUGCUGGUGCAUGUGUCUGCAAACGAUGAGGAGGUUGAACGUGUCAAAGUUGAAUAUAACCUCGUUAAUGAAGGGUCUAUUGUAGAUAUACAAGUGGUAAGACAUAUAUAACUCUUUGGUCAAGUUGUAACUAAACAAAUUGUCUAUGAAACGUCUGGCAAAACCUUGGAUAAAAAAGGAACAGAGAGAGGGAAGGAGCGAAAAAAGCUCUUCUUGCCGAUUUCGCCUUUGUCACACAAAAGUAAAGUUAAGUAAGACCCUUAGAAUUCAGUUCUAAAAGUUCGCAUUUGGAACGUGGCUUCCCUCUACUCCGGUCCACACUGUGACUGAUCCCAAAAACAUGUGCCAUACGAGGAGAAAGUCACAAAUACACCCAUUUACCAGGGUAAACAAACUGUUCGAGCUCACAAACCUUAUGAGCCAGUGGGACUGUGGGAGACGUAAAGAGAAAAACGAAUCCAAGCCAACAUCAUCAACUCCCACACUUGCAUUCCAGUUAAACCUUAAAAACACAGCACUGAGACUCAGUACUCAGUAGUGAAUCAGUAAUAAGAUCACUUUUUUCGCAGUACAGUCCAGUUUGGAUAAUUAAGAAGGAGAGUAUGAUGGAUGAAAGAGGUGUCACUCCUUACACUGAUCUUUCCCACAUAUCCUGACAUUUACGCAGGAUAUUAGUGCUGUAUUUACGAUAUCACUUUAGGGACCACAUCUGUUUUUGUUAUUCUGGUGGUAAAAUGAUACUUAAAACUGUUUUUAGUUUUUAGGUACCAAUUGUAUGCCUCAAAUACCUUAAUUCAAGUCAAACACGUUCAAUUCUCUGUAAUUCUCACCAAAAGCAGGAAACUUCAAUACGAAGAGGCUAUAAUAACUGUCAAGAGACUAUAAAGGGGACAGAGAGGCCAUCCCCCAUAUACACCCUAUUCCAUAGGUAAUUCGUCUCGAGUUAUUUUUAGAAUCGGGAUAAAGUUACCUCGCGCGAGGCGUGGAUGUUUCGUGGAGGUUUCGCAUGACCAAACGCCGUGCAAAACAUGUCGGGCGAGAGGCAAUGAAAGCGUAAAAAGAUCGAGAGCAUUCCUGAAUAUUGAAGCGAAAUGAGUCGGCGCUCACCUGGGAAAAAGGAAUCGCUGGACUCUUUGACAACCCGUGAAAUCAGUUUAACUCGAAGUUGUCGUAACCUCAGUGCUUUAAUAAAAUGAGAAAUUUCGCCGGUCUAUUGAAACCGGUCGUUUGUACAAUUUAGGGAGUUUAAGAUCCAACGACGCGGACGACAACUAGAACGUCAAAAAAACAAUAGGUUUAAUUAGCAAAACAACAACUUCGCACGUGCAACACACUUUUUUGUUCAUUUCUUUCCCGUUUUUGCACGACUACGACGUGAAAAUGCCUAAUUUCGCGUUUUAUGGAGGACGUAAAUAAGCAACGACGAAAUUUUAUUUCUCUUUCUGAGCUUGAAUAUGGUCCCUUGAAAUUCAGCUUUAGGAGGGUUCGCCUACAAUUGACAAAGUAAGUGGGUAGGAAUAAUCGCUAUAAAGACUGAAAAAAAUAAACAUCAAACCAGAAAUUGCUCUCUUCAAACUGUAAAUUAUAAAUGAUCCUGAGAGAAUAUUCAGUGUGUUAAGGAUUUCCCUGCUCUACUGUUAGCUCUAUACAAGAGAGGAAGGGCGAUUCUUUUUUAAUUUCGGUUUCGCUGACACAGCUUUCGCAGAAAUCUCGCUGUAGUCGUUUUCGUCGACAAAAGGAAUAGCAAAAUCGCUCUCCGCGUCUUCCCCCAUUUUGUUCUGCGUCAUUUCGUGAAGGACGCGUGGCUCUCAGCGUGGGUCAUCCACGCGGAACACAUUCGCGCUAUGUGAUUGGCUGUUGUUUAAUCCCCCUCGAGAUCUGUGGUGUUAAAAAUAACUCGAGACGAAUUACCUAUGGAAUAGGGUGUAUAUGGGGGAUGGCCUCUCUGUCCCUUUUAUAGUCUCUUGUAACUGUGUAUUUUCUCUAUUACUUAUUUAGUUCAUUGUACCUGAAACAACAUUAAACUGGCCGCUAAUUGGAGGACUCGCAGGUGCUGGACUCUUUGUUCUAGUCAUGAUCGUUAUCGUUGUCAUGGUAAUUAGAAAGCGGAAGGGACAGCCUCAGUUCGAAGAGAAACUGGAACUUAGAAACCGUGGACAAGUUGUGGCUGGUUAG